GAGUGCGACACCGUGUCGCGCGGCGUGUUGUCGCGUGUUGCCACAUCACCACCGAGCCCAAGCGAAUUUCGGAGCGUGUCCCCCCGCGGUGUGUAGAUCGCGCUCGCGCCGAUCGCCCGCCAGCCAGCCACCUCGCAGCAGCCUGAGCGAUUACACCACACGAGUAUACGUGGAGAGGAAAAACGUGAGAGAGCCGUGGGCCGCGCCGCCUGUCUCUGCCCCGCGUUCGUCCCAGCCAACAUGACAACUCGUCACUUUUGAGUUCGCAUCCGCGUUUCUCGCAAGAGAGAAAGAGAGAGCGUGACUCUCCUCUCCUCUCCUUUUUUUUUCUCCCCACGCGACGCGCCACGAGGAGCGACGAAAGUCGCGGAGUCACGAGCGGCAGCUGCUACCGUACCCUCGACCCGAGAGCGCACGUGCGGAUCGUCUGGAGAGCCGAGCGCACCCGACCGUCGCACCGAUCGCACCGAUUUUAACCCCGUCCGAGGGCCAUCGCGGCGGCAUCAUGAGCGCACCCCAGGCACCAGUGAAACUGCGGAACGGGGUGGUGAAGCAGGUGACAUCGGGAGACACCGUUGUCAUCCGUGGACAACCCAUGGGCGGUCCUCCACCUGAGGUAACAAUCACUCUGUGCAACAUUACUGCUCCAAAAUUGGAACGCUGGAAAGGAAAUGACAGCACGGACGAGACCAAAGAUGAGCCGUAUGCUUGGGAAGCUAGGGAGUUCCUACGCCGAAAGCUGAUCGGUCAAGAUGUCACCUUCGCCACCGAGAAGUCGGUCAACACAGCCAGAACGUACGGAACAGUCUGGUUAGGAAAAGACAGGAAUGGCGAGAACGUGAUUGAAACCUUGGUGUCCGAGGGUCUGGUGACCGUUAAGAAGGACAACCGCAAUCCUACGGCCGAGCAGCAACGACUGAUCGAACUGGAGAAUAUCGCGAAGGUCGCGAAGAAGGGAAAAUGGUCGGAUUCGCCGACCCCCGAGCACAUACGGGACAUCAAAUGGACGGUCGACGAUCCCCGGAAGCUGGUCGAGAAAUUCGGCAAGAAGCCGAUCAAGGCGGUAAUCGAGUUCGUCUUCGACGGCUCCACCGUCAAGGCUUUCCUCCUGCCUGACUUUUACAAUAUAACGCUGAUGAUCUCGGGUGUACGCUGUCCUGGCUGGCCCAAUGGACGUCGUGAGAAUUCCGUCGGCGAUCCUUACGCGGACGAGGCUAGAUACUUCGUGGAGUCGCGGCUCUUACACAGGGACGUCGAAAUCGUGCUGGAAUCGGUCAACAAUAAUAACUUCAUUGGCAGCAUUAUUCAUCCUAAGGGAAACAUCGCUGAAAUUCUGCUGAGCGAGGGUUUCGCGAAAUGCCAGGAUUGGUCGAUCAGCAACAGUAGAUCCGGCGCGGAGAAGCUGUACCUGGCCGAGAAGGCCGCGAAGGAGGCGCGUCUGCGCCUGUGGAAAGACUACAAGCCGUCCGGGCCGCAGAUCGAGUUCACCGGCACCGUUGUGGAGAUCGUCAAUGCGGACGCUCUCAUUAUCCGGACGCAGAACGGGGAGAACAAGAAAGUAUUUCUGAGCAGUAUUCGGCCGCCCACCCGUGAGAAAAAGAACACCGAGGACAGCAACAAUACCGCUCGACCGAAAGAUUUCAGACCACUCUACGAUAUCCCGUGGAUGCUGGAGGCGCGUGAAUUUUUACGCGAAAAAUUCAUCAGAAAGAAUGUGAAGGUGGUGGUCGACUAUACGCAGCCGGCCAGGGACAAUUUCCCGGAGAAGCUGUGCUGCACCGUAACCUGCGGCAAAACGAAUAUCGCGGAGGCAUUGGUCGGCCGAGGUCUUGCGCGAGUGAUCAAGUACAGGCAGAACGACGAUCAGCGUUCCUCACACUACAAUCUCCUGCAAGUGGCCGAGAGCAAAGCGGAGAAGUCGCAGCACGGGCUGCACGCGAAGAAGGACAUUCCAGUUCACAGAAUAGUGGAUCUCUCGAACGAUCCCUCGAAGGCGAAGGCGUUCCUCACGUCGCUCAAACGGGCGCAGGGAAUCCGAGCGGUCGUCGAGUUCGUGACGAGCGGCUCGCGGCUGAAGCUCUACCUACCCAAGGAGGACUACGUUAUCACGUUCGUGCUGGCUGGGAUAAGAACGCCGCGUUGUCAGAGAACGCUGCCCGGCGGCGGGGUGGUGAAGGCCGACGAAUGCGGCGAGAAGGCUCUCGCGUUCACCAAGGAGCACUGCUUCCAACGAGACGUGGAGAUCAAGAUCGAGAACACGGAAACGAAGCUGAGCGGUUUCAUCGGUUGGCUAACGGUGAACGACGUCAACAUGUCCGUCGCCCUGGUCGAGGAAGGUCUGGCCGAGGUUGUGAAUUUCCCGGACUCCGGGGAGCUCACGAGAACUCUUAAAGCCGCGGAGGAACGUGCAAGAGCAAAAAAGCUUAAUAUCUGGAAGAAUCGCGUGGAAGCGCCAGUGGAGACCGACAAGAUCGUGGACGAGAAGGAGGGGCAGGAGCGGAAGAUCGAUUACCAAAAGGUUGUCAUCUCCGAAGUUACCGACGAUCUGCAUUUCUACGCCCAGUAUGUCGAUCAGGGUAGCUUGCUGGAGAGUAUGCUUCUGCAAUUGCGCCAGGAGUUGGCGGCCAAUCCGCCGCUUCCCGGCGCCUACAAGCCGACCAGGGGAGAUCUGGCGGUCGCGAAAUUCAGCGGCGACGAUCAGUGGUAUCGCGUGAAGACGGAAAAGGUCUCCGGUACCAAUGUCAGUGUGUUCUACAUCGAUUACGGCAACAGGGAGACCCUCAACGUUACGCGAGUCGCCGAUCUGCCGGCGCGUUUUGCGUCCGAUAAGCCGUACGCGCACGAAUACGCACUUGCAUGCGUGACCCUUCCGAGCGACACGGAUGACAAGAGAGCGGCAGUGGACGCGUUUAAGGAGGAUGUAUUGGACAAAAUUCUGCUCUUAAAUAUCGAAUACAAGCUGAGCAACAACGUGAUUGCCGUUACGCUGAUGCAUCCGAGCACGAACGAGGAUAUCGGGAAGGGUCUCAUUUCCGACGGAUUCCUGCACGUUCAAAAGCACCGAGAUAGGAGACUUACGAAAUUGAUCGAGGAAUACAAGAAAACCGAAGAGGACGCAAAGCACAACCACCGCAAUAUUUGGAUGUACGGGGACGUGAGGCCGGAAGACGAUGACAAGGAGUUCGGGUUGUAAUUCAUAUAAAUGCUCAACAAUGUGGGAUAAGCAUUAUCAAUAUGGGGGAAAAGAAAAAAGACAGAUCGUGUUUAUAAAAAAAGAAAACAAUAUAAUAAGCAGCAGAUUAUACGAUUCUAUGUACCGCUACAUAGAGGAGAAAAAAAAAGAUAACAAUGAUGAAUGUCGAUAUGAGAGCCACAUGUCGCGUUUAGUCUCAAUGCAAUGAUGUAUCUCAUUGUCAGUAUAUAAAAAAAAAAGACAAUUGUACAUAACGAUUUUAAUAAUUUCUGUAAUACAGGUGAACAAAGUGCGCAUACAGGUAGUCCUCGAAACGAGACUAUGCAGCCCAUCGGCAUUACAUGUGUUCUCAUCGACAUGAGCAUUCGUUAACAAAUUCGGUGCCACAAAUACAAAUUGUUUUGAGGACCUGAUACUUUUUUCCAAAUCCGGUACGGAAAAACAAUCUUCAAUGUGCAAUUCAACAGCGUUUAGAUAUAACAUUCAAUCAUUGUUAGACACACAUCCAUUUUUCCUAAUGGACGAAAACAUUAGUCAUGUUUAACUCAUGUACCGCGCUACUCUUUUCAAGUUUUUAUAUGCAAGGAUGAUCAUGUAGCUGUAGAAUUUGUAAUCGCAGAAUCUAAUCAGGCACGACGACGGUGGUUAUAAACCGAGAUAAGGAAGACUCAUAUCAGUCAGAGUAUUUUCAAUUGAAACUGACGUCAGGCUCAUUUGCAUAAUACCAUUUUUCAAUACCUUUUCAAAGUGGCACGCGUACGCGAAUUCAGAAUACGAAUACGGGGGACUUAUAGUAAUAAUGUGAAGGAAGAUACUGUAAAUUCAUUACUGUCUUUCUUGCCGUCUCUUUUCGAAAUGAAUUUCACGUUAUUCAUGUACGUUGUAUGCAUAAACGAGUUUGAUAUAUUAAUGUACUUACAAAAAAUUAUUUAUGCACAGUUGUCCUACAAAAAAAAAUCAGUCCUACAAAUUGCAGUACAACAAAAAAUAAAAAAUUUAAAUGUUCAAAAUAUAUUUACAAUAAACGAAAUGUUAUCUACUGUGUGUUCGGGGGAAGUAACUCGCAAUUUUCUGUGGUACAGAGAAUGUACGUUAUGUAGAUUCUAUGCACCACAGAACAAGCUCGCUGAUGUUUAUUUUAUCAGAAUUACUAUACAUAUAUUAUAUUAUUACAUUGUAGCGUAUCUUUAAUUUAUAUCACCUUUAACCGAUACCGGAAAUGAUUUUCUAAUUUUUUUUCUUUUUUAAGACGCUUUGUGAUGGCUUUUAAUUGUGAUAUUUUGUUCACACGUUAUUACGUUAUCCAUUGACUUUACUUUGUAAAUAAAGUGCCGUUGGAUGUUUGAUAUACCGUACACACCGUAGGAUCAGAAAAGGAAAAGAAAGACUUGUUUAAAUUAUACGUUAAGAGCAUUACGAUUCUUUUAAAGAUCCACAAGAUACACAGAAAUUUCUCUGCUGUAUCGAUAUACACUUGACUCCUUUACAUUACUGUUAUAUACGUAGCGAUAAUAUACUUUUUAAUUCGAAUACUUUUUUUCUCUUUUCUGCAAUAAAAUAGAAUAUAUUGAGUAAACACAGAGAGUAUCGUAACUAUGUUGUAGAAAUGUCUGAAGCAAUGAUCAAGAGGUUUUAAAUAAAUGCAAGAGGAAUGUU